AUGCCUUCUUAUAUUCUGCAAUUCAACGCCGACACUCCCAAGGAGGAGCAGGAGAAGGUCAAGAAGAGCGUCCUUGACAAGGGCGGCAAGAUCCUUCACGAAUACUCUCUCAUGGGCGGCUUCUCAUUCGAGCUGCCCGCCGACCACAUCCAGACUCUGGACGCUUUCCCGUGCGUCCAGAACGUCGAGGCUGACUCGACAGUUUCGACCCAAUAG